AUGGCCUCCACGCUAAAAGUCACCUUAUGCCAAAUGGCGUCGAGCGCGAACAAACAGGCCUGCAUCGACAAGGCGGUUUCCCUGGUCAAGAGCGCGGCGGCCCGGGGCUCCCGACUGGUGGUGCUGCCCGAGUGCUUUAACAGCCCCUACAGCUGUAAGCGCUUCGAGGAGUUCUCCGAGGCCUUGAGCCCCGGGCACCCAACCUUCGACGCCCUCUCGGCCAUCACGCGGGAUUGCAGGGUUUGGCUGGUGGCCGGAAGCAUCCCCGAGCGGAAGGAGGGGAAAGUCUACAAUUCGAGCAUGGUUUUCGGCCCGGACGGGACGCUCCGCGGGGUACACCGCAAGGUGCACCUCUUCAAGAUCCACACCGAGCAACUGUGCGUGGAUGAGAGCGAGGUGUUGUCCGCCGGGGGCACCGCCGAGGCGAUUACGAUGGAGGAUGUCAACCUCAAGAUCGGUGUGGCGAUUUGCUUUGACAUGCGAUUCCCGCAGCUCGCGCACCGAUUGGCCAGCCAAGGGACGUCGAUUAUCGUCUGCCCGGCCGCGUUUAAUAUGGUCACCGGCCCCCUGCACUGGGAGUUGACCGCGCGCGCGCGCGCGAUGGACAACCAGCAAUUCGUCAUGAUGUGCUCCCAGGCCCGGGAUGAGGCGGCGGACUACGUCGCCUAUGGCCAUUCCUUAAUUGCCGAUCCCCUCGGCCGGGUGGUGGGGCAGCUCGACGAGAAGGAGGGGGCCUUGGACGUCGAUCUCGAUCUCGGCCUCAUCGACGACGCCCGCGCGCGCAUUCCGAUUUUGAAGGGCAUUCGCCACGAUUUGUAUUCGCUUCAGUGGGGCCUUUAA